UAGAAGGGAAGCGGGAAGUGACGUACGAAAACAAACGGCAAAGAUGGCGUCAAAUUCACAACGGAAAUCGAGACAAACAUCUGGGACAACAGACUAGAAUCAGUAAGUCUGGACAGAGUAUCCUCUCUGACCUGACAUUAUGCCAACGGAAAGACCGGCGGCAGUCACUUCGGAGCGGCUCCGGUAUCAUGACCGACCCAGACGGAAGGACAGUGGGCAGUCCAAGCCCUCCCUGCGGGCCUCACACCCCCGAUCAGCGGCUACUGCAGCCAAGUGCUGCGAGGAUGAGAUCAACAGACUGAAAGAGAUUAUCUGUGCUCUGCAGGCUGAGCGUCAGCAACAGCGCUCCAGGGAAGAGGAGGGGGACAGGCUGGGGGUUGUUGGACAGGAACCGCGGGGGCCCGAGCAGCUACGAUGGAGGGUCAACCAGCUGGAGAGAGACAAGCUGGAACUAACCUCCAAACACAACGAGCAGGUAUCCUCUCUAGAGGGCCAGGUGGCCAGGCUGAGAGCAGCAGUGGAGAGAGGAGAGGCACAGAGACAGACUCUUGAGUACGAUAUGGCUUUAGCCAGGAAGGAGGCUGGAGUAGAGAGAAGUAACCUCCAGGAAAACAUGGCUGCUCUCUGCAGUCAGAAUGAACAACUCAUGGAGCUGCAGCAGAGAGUGUGUGUCCUUCAGAAGGCUCUGGAGAUAACGCGGAUGGCCCGGGAAGAGGACCAGCAUGCAUUGCAACAGGAAGUGGAGGAGCGGGACGGACUGGUGCUGAGCGCUAACACAGAGAAUGAUCAGCUCACCGCUGAGAACAAACACCUACAUACCUUGCUGCAGGAUCAGGAGGAGACUCUGCAGGAGCUGAAGAGGAGGAUGGGGGAGGUGCAGAGAGAGAGGGAGAGAGACGGGGAGGCACUACGACGUCAGACCAGCGAACUGGGCUACAUCACAGAGAGAGAGGAGAGAAUGAAGAAAGAACUAGAGACCGCCCUACAGAGAGUCAAGACUCUAGAAACCAACAUAGAGUCUGAGAGAGCUGCUCACCUGGAGUCUAAAUUCAACUCUGAGAUCAUACAGCUGCGUAUCCGUGACCUGGAGGCAGCUCUACAGGUGGAGAAGUGUAGCCAGGCUGAAGCCGUGUCCAGUCUGGACAUGGUCAAACAACAGUUCAGAGAGGUGGAGCGAGCCUACAGCAUAGAGAGAGACAGGGCACGGGACUCUACUGGCAGACUGGCACAGCUGGAGAAGGACUACCUGAGUUCUAAGGCAGAGUUGAGUGCAGAGUUGGAGAAGGAGAGAAGAACUGCAUCACAAGUCCGAGACCAACUACAGGAACUACACACACUACACACGCACAGCCUGACACAGCUGGACAUGGCUCGUAAGCGUCAGGUGUUGCUGGAGGAGGAAUUUGAGAGCUAUCUUAUAGAGUUACAACAGCUACUGCAACUACACACCGCUGUAGGGCCCCUCACCGCUGUAGGACAACUCACCACAGAAGAGCCUGUUGGAGAGGGAAGAAAGCACAGCCCCUCUACUGUCAUGAACAUGCUGGGGACAACCCUGACAACAUAUCAGACCACCCUGGACCAGACUACUACAGAGGUCCUGGAUCAGCAGAAGCAGUCAGAGAGGCUGGUCCAGGAGGUUCAGUCCAACCAGCGACUGAUGUCAGAACAGAAGAGUCACUUAGAGGAGCUCCGUGCAGCGCUGUCUGACUGUAACGUAGAGUUACAGCGUCUGAGAUCCCAGUGUUCUGAAAAGACGCUCCAGACCAACCGACUACAGACUGACCUACAGACCGCCCAGCAACACUGGGAGAGGGAGAGAGAAAGGGAGAAGCAGAGAGAAGGAGAGAGGGAGAAAACGAGGGAGAAGCAGAGGGAAGGAGAGCGGGAGAAGGAGAGAGAGAGGACCGUGGAGUUGCAGGCAGAAGUUCAGAGGAUCAGACAACUCAAUCAGAAAGAUUCUCAGGAGAAGUUGUCGUUCCUUCACGGUCUGUUCCAGCGUCUGUUGGCGGGCUGUGUCCUCGUCUCCCAGCCGCAAUGCAUCCUGGGUAGUUUCUCCUGGGCGGAGCUCUGUGAUGUUAUAACGGAACACGUCGACACCCUCACGUCUGACCUUACACGCGCCAACGAGAGGGUGUCCCACCUGCAGGCUGUGUGUGAGAGUAACAGUGUGUGUGUAUCUCAGCUGCAGCAGAGCCAGGAAGGGGUGUUAGUGAGAAUAGAGGAGACAGUGAAACAGAGAGAAGAGACCUGGACAGCACAGAGACAUGAGAUGGACCAGCAACACACACACACUGUUACACUGCUACAGGGGAAGAUACAGAUGUUCGGUGCUCAGCUUGAGGAGGCCCGUCAGAGACUAUCCUCACUAGAGAAAGAACGCAGCCAGCUGACCAAUGACCUCGCCAUGCUCCAGAAAACCCUAACCCAGUCUGACCUCCAGGGGUCAACCCUGCUCUCAGCCUGCACCCUACUGGCUGGGGCGCUCACACACCUCACACACGCCACACACACACUCCGCACACAGAAAACUCUCCUCACGCGCCGCUUGGCGGAGCGAGAGGGCCUAGAGAUGGAGGUUAGAACGCUUGUACAAGCUCUAGGGGAGGGAAGAGGAGAGGGGGAUGAGGAGAGGAAGGGAGGAGGGGUGAGGAGGUGGAGAAGGUGUGUGGUGUGUGUGAUAGCUGUGAACAGGUUGUGUGUGUUGGGACGGGGGAGCAGACUGGUGUUUAGGGUGGGUGGGCAGAGGUACCCCUCUAUAGGGGUUCGUGUUUCAGUCGUCCCUCCUCUGGAGGAGAGAGAGAAGGACUCAACACCGCCAUCUAAAGGUGAAGAGGAUAAUGACGAUGAAGGGAGAGGAGGACUGUGUGUGAGGUGGCUUCGUCGUAAAGAUAUCUCCUUCUUCAUCAUGUCUUCCAUGGCUGAACUACAAGAGGCCUUAGAGCACACAGUUUCUUCCUCUCAGGUGGUAUUGUCUGCCGCUCGUAACAGUCUAUCCCGCCUCCUGGACCACCUCCUCACCCCCUCAGACCGAGGGUCCCAUCUCACACCCUAUAGCGUGAACAAGGGUACUCUGGUUAGUAGGCUGGGACAGGGCUUACACCGACUCACGGCCAAACAGAUGAGCAAUAAGUGUCUGGUGGUUUCGCUGCAGCAACACUUCCUGGUUUUCACCCACCGGCUGCACUCCGCUGAGGUGGAGAGGCGGAGCCUGAGGUUAGAGGUCGCACGCCUCAAACGUGUCACCAAGGGCGACCGAGGACCGUGCCACCUGGUGCCAGCAGAGCGGUUUGGCAGUGUCUGUGAGGAGUUGAGACAGGCCUUACAGAGAGAGGAGCAGGCUCAGGGUCUACUGAGACAACAGUCUGACCAGCUACACACACUAGGGUUACGCAUGGACACACAUUGUGGAGAAGAGAGAGAGAGAGAACACACACUAUCACAGGCCGUACAGAGUCUGUCGGAAGCUCGUCAGGAGGUGCGUCAGAAGGAGCAGUCUCUAAGGGUUCUGGGUAAACACCUGUCGGGCCUACAGCAGGAGAAGAAGAGUCUGGAGGAGAGUGUCAGACACGCGGAGGAUGCACUACGCAUGUCAGCCAAGCGCAAGGACUCCCUGGCCAGCUACAUGAGAGCAGUAGAGAGCAGCUACAGAGAGGUCAGAGACCGUAUUGUCCAAUCACGAUCCACCUCCACUGACAAGGACCUCCCUCUGCAGUUACCAAGAGUGCACCUGGAUCUGACUGGACCAGAGAGGUUGCUGGGAGGGCCGGACGUGGCCGCCUGUCAGAGCCUGGUGGGGACGUUCUCUGAGUUAUACCACGCAGCGUUCUCCAGGAUUGGUUCGAUGGAAAGGGAAAUCUCCGCCCACCAAAGCCAUGUCUCCGCCCUCCGGAAAGAACUACACGAUGCCUGUCUCAGGGAGGACCUCUGUUUCAUCCCUGUGUGCGAUUCUCAAUCGUCAAUGACCCCUCACCCAGACGACCUCUGUCAACUCGUCGUUGACCCUGAAGCCCCUCCUACCGAACGCACCAACGUUCUGCUGAGGGAGGCAACCGGCAAACCCAACCCUACCCCCUCCCUCGCUCCCUCCCUCCCCUUGUCAGACCCCCCUAAAAAGGCUAAGUGCAGUAAGAAGGUGCCCAAGAAGACUCGUUCUGUACCGCCCAAGGCUCCGUCAAGAAGAUAGACCACAGAAUCACUGUUAUGUGUUACAGUGUAUCUGUUAUGUAUCUGUUAUGUGUUACAGUGUAUCUGUUGUGUGUUACAGUGUAUCUGUUAUGUGUUACAGUAUAUCUGUUAUGUGUUACAGUGUAUCUGUUAUGUGUU